CCAUCGGACAGUCAAUACGCUCUCCCGGCAGGAUAAUAAACUCCCCUAGCCGACGGCAGAUCCUCAACUUAAAACACCAUGAUUUUGCUGACAAUCAUCACUCGUGUGGCAGACGGACUUCCGCUCGCUGCGUCUGUACAGGAGGAUGAACAGUCAGAAAGAGAUCUCCAGCAGUACCAGAGCCAGGCCAAGCAGCUGUGCCGUAAACUGGACGCUCAGAGUCCAGAACGUUGUACCCUUGAUACCGGGGACAAGAACUUUCAUUUUUUAAUAUCCCAGGGUGUGUGUUACAUUAUCCUCUGCGAGGCUUCUUUUCCCAAAACGAUGGCUUUUGAAUACCUCGAAGACCUCAGCAAAGAGUUUUAUGUCCAGUAUGGAAAAAAAGUACCCACAGUAUCCAGGCCCUACUCUUUCAUAGAGUUUGACACAUAUAUCCAAAAAGUGAAUAAGCCAUCUGUGUCGAUCAAACUCCGGAAGACCUUGGCAAGUACUAAAAAAGAGCUGGAAGAUAUUCAGAAAAUAAUGGCGGAAAAUAUUGCUGAAGUCAUGCAGAGAGACCCUCUCUGUGAUAUUGCCAAAAAAGUCAGCAACCUGAGCAGCUUUUCAAAAAGUUGCCGCAGCAAUGCCAAAGAUGUCAACACCUCCCCCGGCUAUGCUAAGGCUGUAGCUGUGGCUGUGUUCAUCACACUCAUCAUCUACAUGCGUUUCUGGUGGCUCUGAUAGACGCUGGGACAAGGACGUCUCCUCGACCGGCACCUAAACUAAUUUUACAUUGUGUGCCAUAUACAGCCCACUUUGAUGUGAAGUGAG